AUGGUCUCGCCAGGGGGCUGCAGCUGCACUUAUCGAUAUGGACGAAUCGAGGUCGAGGCUGUGCCAUUUCCGGAUUGGAUGCUGAACCUCAUGGCCAGCAUUAUGCCUAUGUGCGGCUUCACCGACCGGUCCAUGUGGCCGAACUCUUGCAAUCUCAACCUGUACGAGGAUGGCGGUAUGUCGGUAGGCUGGCAUUCGGAUGACGAGAGCCUGUUUCAGGGGAAGUUCAUCGACGUGCGAAUCAUCUCCCUGUCUCUUGGGGCAAGGAGGAAAUUUGAGCUUCGAGCAAACUGGCCCGGUGAAGCUGAGAGGCCGCUGCGUAGUGUAAUGUUGGCCGACGGGGACAUGAUGACCAUGGAGGGAAUGACGCAGAAACACUUCCAACAUCGCGUCCCUAAGGAGGGCCACGUCGACGGCCCCCGGAUCAACCUCACAUGGAGAUGGACGGUAAAGCACACCCCCCGCUGCCCAAUGAGCCGGCAGCGCCGCUUCUGA